UCACAAUAAAGGAUAUGAUAUUUAGUUGAGAAUUGUAGACAUUUAGAUAACAGAUUCGCGCCAUUCAUUUAGACAAGAGUUCGCGGUAGUUACAGGCUACUUCUUGUUUAGUUCUGACGCCAAGUGGGUGUUAGUUCUAAUCUUAAAUAUCAAGUAAAAAACAUACGUGAAAUAUAUUUUAUUAAGCUGAUACUUAGAAUGCAACUAAUUUCUCUAUCGCUGAUUUCGCUACGUGUUUUAUUGUUCUUUCUAGAUUAAAAAAUUGUUUGAUGAUUUAUAUAUGUAUAUAUUUUAAUAAAACAUAUAAAAAUGGUUAGCAGGGGUGUUUUGAACCAGUUUUGGGCCGCAAUAACAGGGUCACUAUCAAUAAUGAACGUUGGCAUUAUAUUAGGUUGGACAUCACCUAUCAUGAAAGAACUUCUCGGCCCUAACAGUCCAAUCCCUAUGUCUGUAGAUGAGAGCUCUUGGUUCGUGUCGAUUAUCGACUGGGGUUUGAUCGUCGGCUCUAUACCUUUCGGAAUAUUAUCGGACAGGUGGGGUCGAAAGCUAAGUCUGCUGCUGAUAGGUCCUCUGGCGCUAUUUACUUGGAUUGGUGUUUUGUGGGUGGACAAUUUCCGAGGCCUGCUGAUAAUAAGGUUUUUCCAAGGCCUAUUAUCAGCCGGAGCUUACACAAUAUUACCGGUGUACGCGGGCGAGAUAGCCGGAUCGAAAAUUCGAGGUGCCCUUGGAACAAUGUUCCAGAUACUUAUGUACGUCGGCAUACUGUAUGUGUACGUGAUAGGAACGUAUUUAGAUUUUAAAAAUCUGACGUACGCACUGAUGGUUGGGCCCAUUUUGUUUUUCGUUCUGUUCUUGUUUGUGCCAGAGUCUCCUCAUUUCUACAUAAUGCAGAACAGACUGCCCGAUGCCAAACGGUCAUUAAUAUGGCUCAGAGGUGUUGCCGAUCAAAGCAUCGACGAAGAAAUGGAUUCUGCAGUGGACUGCAUCUGUAAAGAAAUGCGAAACGCAUCAUUUUCCGAACUGUUCACCGACCACUUCAGUCUAAAAGCGCUAGCCAUCGUACAGGGACUGUCGGUGUUCAGGGUGAUGGCCGGCAUCACGGCUCUUAUAUCGUACGCGUCCAUAACAUUCUCGGAGAUGCACGUGGACAUCGAUCCAAACAAGCUGUCCAUAAUUUUUGCGUGUUCCGUACUUUUCGCCGCUCUGCCCUCGACAAUCCUGUCCGACUACGUGGGACGUCGACCACUUAUGAUGAUUUCUUGUACAUUUUGUUUCGUCUUCGAUACGGCUAUAUUUGGAUACUUCUACUUGGACCGAAAAACUAACUACGACGUCAUCGAUUACGGCUGGUUGUGCGUAGCAGCAGUCGGCGGACUUUCGGUGGCCCAUACGAUCGGACUUGGAUCUCUGUUGUCCACCAUCAACUGUGAGCUGUUUCCGUCCAACACCAGGUCGACGGCAAACGCCAUCAACACCAUAACGCUGACGAUCGUUUCAUUUUUAGCUCUUAAAAUUUAUCCUGUUCUAGCCGUCAACGAAGGUAUGUACAGAAAUUAUUUGAUCUCGUCACUGUUCAGUUUAUUGUCCAUAAUUUGCUGUUAUAUAUGGUUGCCCGAGACAAAAGGAAAAACUUUUGCAAGCAUACAAGCUCAAUUCAGGAAAAUCAACAACGACUUGGGAUGAACACAUUAAUCUUUGGUCUAUAUAAAAUGGCGUUAUAGUCAUUAUUUGGUGUCCAUACAGAACAUAAAAUACAACAAAUCAAUGCGACGGCACCUUGAUUAAUUAUUGUCACUAGUGAUUACCGACUGUCAUUUCCCAACUACAAUUGUACCCCAACAGUUGGUUGAAAUACACGUUAACCUCAUAAAUUUGUAAUUCACGAGUGACUAAAUGAUUUGUUUUAGCAUUUAUUUUAUUUUCAUUUUUUUAAAUUUCAGAUAAUUUUAUACAUAAAUUUAAAAAAUAUAAAGCGCAUACAAUGAUUGUACUCACUGUGAUUAUAUAUUGUCGAUACAAACAUAUUUAUGAGUUAUUUUGGUAUAAAUCACUUUAAACCUCUAAUUGUUAUAUUGAUAAGUUUUUUUAACUAUUGUUAAAUGUUUUGUUAGUUAAAUCUUGUUAUUGAUUAUAAGCUACGAAAUAAUCAAAAU